UUCAAACUAAGCAAAUGAAUUAAUAUUGAAUAUUCAAGAAGUUACCAUCGUCAAUAUCGAUGGUGCAGAAUCUUUUGUUUUCAUUUAAGGCUAUCGAUAGGUGUACAUGAAAAAAAAAAGUCGUAUUGUGUCAAAAAUAACUUAGAUUUAAGUAGAAUGGUGUUUUAGUUGAAAAUAGUUAGAGGAAUUGAACACGAAAUAUUUAAUUAUAUUGUGAAUUAAUCAUUUUACUUUUGUAAAUCUUCGAAAUUUUUUAUGAUUUUCAUUUACUUUGACCUUUAAUCUCGUCAACAUUAAUAAUGAAUAAAAGUCUUUGAAAUCGGAAGUGACGUGAGUCGUGAAGCAUUGAUAAAGGAACUAUGUCGUCGAAUCCUAAGGAACCAUCCAUUGACGAAGGGAAAUUGCAUAAUGAAAAGAAAAUUAAAGGCAAUUCGAAUAUUUUAAUACACUUGUCGUCAGGAGCCUUAGCUGGUGCCAUGGCAAAAACAUUCAUCGCACCUCUCGACCGUACAAAGAUUAAUUUUCAAAUCAAUAAGCACAUCAAAUACUCGUUUAAGAAUGCACUCGGCUUCAUUAAACGAACUUAUCGUAAGGAAGGAUUCUUCGCACUCUAUCGUGGCAAUACUGCAACACUUGCAAGAAUCAUUCCUUAUUCAGCAUGUCAAUUUGCUUCAUUCGAACAAUACAGAAAGCUUCUUGGUGUUGAUGAAGCGAAGGAUCCUCAUUUUCGAAGGUUCCUUGCUGGUUCCCUCGCUGGCAUAACUUCACAAGGUGUAACUUAUCCGUUAGAUCUAGCAAGAGCCCGAAUGGCAAUCACAGAUAAAUGUGGAUACAAGAACAUUUAUGAAGUCUUUUUAUCAAUUUAUACCAAAGAGAAUGGUACCAGAGCCCUUUAUCGUGGAUUUGUACCGACAGUUCUUGGAGUAAUUCCAUAUGCAGGAACUUCAUUUUUCACAUACGAAACGCUUAAGCAAAAAUAUUACGAAAUGACUGGUGAGAAGAAACCAAAUGCGAUGUAUUCACUUCUUUUUGGAGCAUGUGCUGGAAUUUGUGGUCAAACGAGCAGUUAUCCUUUAGAUAUUGUAAGAAGGAGAAUGCAAACUUCAGGUAUUGGCAAUUGCGAAAAAUACGAAACAAUCCGACAAACCUUGAAAAAAGUGUACACGGAAGAAGGAAUAAUUCGAGGUUUUUAUAAAGGAUUAUCAAUGAAUUGGGUGAAAGGUCCAAUCGCUGUAGGAAUUUCCUUUUCGUCGUAUGAUACAAUUAAGCAUUUCCUCCAUUCAAUAAGCUAUGGAUCGUGAAUCAUCAACAAUAUAAAUAAGUUAUAGGUCAAGGAAAACAUUUCAAUGCAAUUGAGAAGUGCCACUACUUAUCUAUCACGUUUAAACGACAUUCAAGGAUUCCUUUUGUAACAUCACAUAACACCUGUCGCUUUAAAAGCCUUUCGUAUACAAAAGCUUAAAAAUUUUCGAUGCCCCAAAACUUAUUUACAAGAAAAUUUGGUGCUAAAUGUCGUACACGAGAGAUGUGUUGUGUUCUAUUGGCUUUAUUAAAAAAUUUAUUGGAACUUUUAAGCGUAAGAACUUGUUUCUUGAGAUUGUACAAAAAUGUUUUUAAAAUUGUAUACCUAAUUGUAGGAAGAAAAUCAAAACUAUUUAGUAGAAAUUUGUUUAUUAAAAUUAAAGUUUUUUGUUUUUCA